AUGCCUCGCGAGAAAUCAAACCAGUCUUCUGAUGCUGGCCCUUCAAACCGCUACGAAGAACAUCUCGAUAGCCUUCCUUACCUUUCAUCUGACCCUAUACAGUCAUUCACUCCCGAUCUCAACUACAGACAUCAAACGAACACACCAGCUCCGCUGUUUGAAGUCCCCCAGCCGAUUUCAGGUCCUGAGUCUCUCCGACGGGUUGGCCCCGAUCGGAAAAAGAUUUAUGUGCUUUACAACGAUAUGUCAAAGGAGCAAUUCAUUGCUUGGUGGCUUCAGACACAAUAUGCGACCGUGGAGGGCAAUGGCAAGAGAAUCAAUUGGAAGUCGAAACAUUCUUCGGAAGUUUGGGAUAAUUUCGACCAGGUGGCUCAUCAGCUUACUGGAGAAGCAAAAGUCAUGUGUCGAAGAUGUGGCAAAGUCCUUCCCCAUCCGCAGGAGAAGGGGGAUGGAACAAACUCCAUGAAAAGUCAUCUCGGGUCAAAUUCAUGUCGUAGAGUCACAAGUGAUCAGUCUCAGCAGCAAGGUAUCCAACAAUCGUUUGAGUUUGCAGUAUGA